CCAAUAAACUCGACAGAAGAAGAAGACGCAACAUCUGGUGGUGCGUUACCAUGGCUCUGUUUCGUAAAUGUCCUUAUUUCUACUUAAAGUGUUUAAAUGGCACAAAAACGCGACUCAGAAUGAUGACAGUACAGAGGAGCGGGAGCUUGUCUGACCAGAUCAGGAGCAUAUCUGGCUUAACAAUUCACCCAAACAUUUGUCUACUAUCAAAUAAUGGCCAAGCUUGGUUGUCUGAAAGCAGAGCUUAUGGCAGUUGUACGAGGAGAUACGUGCAUCUGACAUCCCUCAGACUAGAAAAAGCCACCUCUGGACAGAAAAGUGAGCUGUCAGAAGCUGCAUACGAGAAGCUUGUAGAUGAGACUUUAGACGCCCUGGCUGACUACUUUGAAGACCUGACAGACGAAGCUUUUACUGGAGCCGAUUAUGACGUUUUAUUUGCUAGUGGCGUGUUGACAGUCAAGGUCGACGGUGACCACGGGACCUAUGUCAUCAACAAACAGGCACCAAAUAAACAGAUCUGGCUUUCUUCUCCAAGCAGUGGUCCAAAGAGAUAUGACUGGACAGGCGAACGCUGGAUUUACACCCAUGAUGGUGUUGGUCUCCACCAGCUGCUUUCUAAAGAGUUUUCUGCAAUCUUCAGUUGCAACAUAGACUUAUCCAACCUGCCCCAUUCCUGACAAAGGUGUGUGUCACCUCCAAGACAGCUACUUUAAAGCAUAUGAGAAUCAAAGAACACGGACUUCUCACAUGUAAUUACUUGCACAAUAGCUCUCAAGAGAGCAACUGUAUAUAACAAGCUAAAAUGUAAAAUAUUUUCUUGAAAUGUGACCUGACUUAAUGUUUGUACUAUAUGUGGAAUGGUGAUAUAUUUGGAAUAAAUCAGUCGGUAAACCU